UUUGCUAUAUAUGUAGAGAGAAAGGCCAGCAAACAAGCGACCAAACCCUAGCCUCGCCGUCGGCCUCCGGAUCCUGAGACUCCACCGGCCUUUGGGUGCCAUGGCGCUGCGCUCUCUCCUCAGCAAGAUGAAGGCCCUUCCCCUCCCGCGUCAGGUGCUGGGCUCUGGCGCCUGUGCAACAGCCCCCAAGCCCAAGCCUGAGUCAUGGGCCACAAUCCGUGCAAAAUUUGAAGAUGUUUGCUUCAGAAAUGGUUCCGUGGAUGAAUUAAUUCGUGCCAUGGACCCUGCCAUGCAUAAACGGAUGAUGAAGCUCAGUGACGACAAGAUUUGGAGGGAGAAUCUGAAGGGCCACUGCCUUGUGGUGCUGGUUUCAGUUGUAGGCUUUGGUUCCGUGGGGUACAUUAGAGCUCGUCUUUAAAUCUCUUGCCAUGGACUAGAAUCAAGGAGGGGAGCAGCAAAGAAACCCAUAUCCAGUUUGAUGUCUAAUUAUGUAUUGUGUUAUGUAAAACAAGUCUGAAGUCUAUCUAUGGUGCACUCUCAAAACUAUUAUCCAGUUUGAUGUAUGAAUUAUGAUUAUGGUAUGUGUUGUUUCAAAACAAGUCCAUCUAUGGUCUUGUUUGCGGUUCAGUGGUUGAAGGUCAAGCAAUUGUGCUUGUCCAACGAUCUUGAUAAUCUUAUGCAACUUUUUGAGUA